UCACCAUUCUCUACACAAAAACUCUCUCUAACUUUGGGCUUCUCUCGGAAUUUUGGCUAGUUUUUGAAGAAAAUGGAGGAUUAUGUCAACAAUCCCGCAAAUAUGCAUGAUUUUAGUUUAAUGAAUACGAAAGCCUUUGCGAACCUAAAAGGCUCUGGCGGUAACAUAUGGGAAGUCUUUGAAGUUUUAGAUGAUGCCCGACGUGCUAUUUUCAGAAAUACCGUCUUUGGCUAUUUUAUUGAUGUCCCUCGUUUACAAGGGGACGCUUUAUUGUUUCAUAAAAUGUUCCUUCAUCAGAUCCGGCCGGACCCUGUUUUAUCUCCAGAUGGAAUAAAACGUUUAUAUUUUCGAGUAGGCAAUACCAAAAUGGUUUAUGGGCCGGAAGAGUUUUGUUUGAUUACCGGCUUCAAUUUUGGGGAGUAUCCAAAAAACAUUGGGAGAAAAGGGUCGGAAAAAUUAAUAAGCAGUAAAAAAAGAUGUUUACUGCGUGAACGGCUAUUUCCGGACCAUACUAAUAGUUCGGUGAAAAUCGGCGACCUGAAAAGUUUAAUUUUAAAUCAAACAUUCCUAGCACUUGACGACCUUGAUGCAGUUAGAGUAUGUUUGAUAUACCUUUUGUGUGAAAGUUUUUUGGGCAAAGAAGUUAACGAUCGGGUGCCACAAGAUUGGUUUUAUUUGGCUGAGAAUUUGGAUCUCUGGAAUACGUAUAUUUUCUUUACGUUAAAAGUUCUAUUUUAUUAA